CUCUUGUUAAGCCUCUUAAUAUUGCUUCCCAUGGGUCUAGCAGCUAAGAACAAUUUAUCGCACGGAACAACUGCACCGCCAAGUGUGAUGCUGGAAACGUUGGAUUGGAAAAUCUAUAAUUUUGAUUAUGUAAAAAAUUUUACAAAAGACGCAGUUGGACCACAUAUCCAUGCUUUUGAACUGCUGAAACCUUUGCCGCAAUUCUAUAUCGAUUUCCUCCUAAAAGGCAGGCGCGGCAGUUCUUUCGGUUAUAAUAUCAGCAACAUGGAUGGUUGUAUUAUAUUGAAAUCAAUCGCCAACAUCAAAUUAUUUUCCCAGAUUUAUGAACAAAUUUUGGUCGAACGCAGCAGCCCUUUUGAGUGUCCACUUAAGCCGAAAGUCUAUUAUUUAAGAGAUGUGAUCUCUUACGGCUCCGCAGCUUAUUUCGGCAGAAGUAGUUAUAAGCUCACUGUGCAGAUUAGGUUGGAAGAAAGUAGUUUGCCUAUUUGUACAUUUGAAUGGAAGUAUAUUGUGCGGAGUUAAAAGGGAAAACAUAUAGCGAGAAAAGGAAGAGAA